AUGGCUGGUGAACAGGAUCGGUUGCUGCCAAUUGCCAACGUGGGGCGGAUUAUGAAACAAAUACUGCCACCAGGUGCCAAGAUUUCAAAAGAGGCUAAACAAACGAUGCAAGAAUGUGCAACAGAGUUUAUAAGCUUUGUCACUGGCGAGGCAUCUGACAAAUGUCACAAAGAGAACCGCAAGACCAUGAACGGAGAUGACAUGUGUUGGGCUUUAACUGCUCUAGGGUUUGACAACUAUGCUGACGCAAUAGUAAGGUAUUUACAUAAAUACAGGGAGGCUGAAAGAGAGAAAGCUAUCCAAAACAAAGCAACCUGCCCUCAAGACAAAGAUGAAGAAUCAUCUGAGGAUAAACGUGGCCAUCCACCUCAACAAACUGAUGAAGCUCCAACUCCAGUACUAGAGUUUAGUGUCAAAAAGGGAGACAAGUCUUGAACAUAUCUAUAU